AACUCCUGCGGCCCAUUUACGUCCAGCAGCGGGCAUGUGGACGGCAAUAUCUCCGCCGCCAUUAAAUCUUCCACUGUGACUUCUUUACGGCGCGUACAGAUGGACGACGAGUGGCUCGACCCUUAUGACAUGCUCAACUAUGAUUCAGUUGCCAAAACAAUGCGAAAGUCCAUCAAGACUGAGCCUCACUGGAGAUCCACUGGUCAACAUGUGGAGGAUCUGCAGAGACAGAUCGGGAUGCUUGUUUUGAGUCUGUUAGCCAUCAUCUGCAUCCAGAAGAAAUCUUCUGGUCCUCUAAUCUGUUGGCCCUUGAAAUUCAUCAGGGUCCUGAUUUUUUACUUCCUUGUCAGUAUUCCUUGGACUUGGAUCUGCCUGUACCAGGUUGCCUUCUUUGAGCAUCAAAACAUCAUCAGAGAAACUGCAAACCUCAAUGAAGAAUGUAAAGGAAUAGAAGAAAUGCAUUGGACCGAUGGUUUGAAAGAGUCGUUCAGAACCAGCAGGCCUCUCCAUGACGACCCCUGCGAAGAUUACUAUGCUUUUUUUAGAACCAAUCCCCUCCAUCUUGUAUGUCCAACCAAGGUAGUAUCAUUUACCUUCAGGAUUUUAAUGAAAGACCCACUGAGACACUUUGGGGAGGGGAUUAGUGAACUUCAUCGAGCGAUCCUAAAACAUCUGCCAGUUACCCUUCAGUUUCCAGUCUUCAUGAUCAUCAUGCUCAUCAUUGUGUGGUUCAUGAAUGAAAGUGUAGAGCCUGGCUUGCAGCACGACACCAAGACACCAAUAAAUAAGCAGCAAGAUCUUCCUUCAGGAGUGAAGGAUGGUGAUCAGAUGUCUGCGUCUGGUCAGGAUUGUGACCAAGCUGUUGACAAAAGUCUUGACGAUAACGUGGGAAGUAGCACCUCUGCAGAGACAUCGGGCUUUGUUCAACCUGAUCUUAGAAAAAAUGAGAAUGAAGAAAAUGUUGAGGCGAUGGAGAAUCCCUCUGUUAGUUCAAGGGUCACAAACCAGCAGAAGACACCUGAGAAGUCUGCUGCCAACACUGAUGAACCGGACAGCUCACACCCAGACAACGGGAAUCCUUCACAGGCUGAUCAAGAGGCCAUAGAAGACAUCAUGGAAGACGACGUGUCCUCCAUGUCUCUAAAAACGAAUUUUAAGGAACUACCGACUUCUGUUGAGGAGACAAGUCCAAAGUUAGUGGAUUAGUCUUCAAAGCAAAGUUUGUUGUUCAGAAAUUACACAUUUAACUGCUUGACACAUAUUUUGAUAGUAUAAUCGUCUUGUGAACAGUAAAAUGUCUCCUCUGUGAUAAGCUGAAUGUAGGUGCAACAGGACGCUUUGCUCUUUUAUCAAGAAUGUUUUAUUUUUCUUUGGAUACAAAGGGAAACAUUCCCCAAUGCACAAAACUUAAUAUUGCCACUGUGAUUAGUACCAGUUGUAUUACAUUUUCAAGAAAAGACUGUUGAAGUGAGCAAUAAACAAAAAAUGUUUAAAUAAGACAAAAUACAUUGAUCUUUUCGUAUUUUUAGUUUUAAAAAGAAAUGCUGUAUUUUUUGUUAUGAACAUUUGGUAGCCAUUCAUUGUAAUUACACAACCCACACAUUCAGAAACACCUAUGUGACAGACAUUUAACACUAUAAAAAAGAGAGUUAAAAAGUUACAAAUUUUAUUUUAUAAAGAUUAAAAAACAUUACUUUUUGUUGAGAAAAAUGACUAUUCAAAGAAAUUUAAAUCAGUGAUUCAGCUCCAGUUGAUGUUUCAGUGUUGUUUGCUGUUUACUGGUUCACUGUGAUUUUGUUUUCUGUUUGAAGUGGACAUUUUUACAAUUAGAUGAAAAUAUUUUUCUGUGAAAAAUGACUUUGAUGUGUAAUUUUGAGGCUUUUGUUAAUUAACUGGAGUUAUUUUAGUAAAGUUUUUUUAAUGCUUCUACCUCAGCAAAGUGUUGCGAUGUAUAGAAAUUGUGUAAAAUAA